CUUUCGUCAAGCUAUACAUUCUAGAUGCUGGUUUUUUUUUCUCUCCCGAUACCCUCUCUGCCUGCCUGCUAUCGCCCGUCGUUAAAUCGCAUGUAGUUGAAUCGCACGCAGCGCCUGCAGAAGCGUACAGCAGGCACGACCAGCGCAGAGCAGAACGGCCGAGUGAUGCUACCAGAGGGAGGGCACAUAAGUAAAAAAGUGCUGCUUACUCAGAUACUACUCCUAGGGGGCGCUUCGGUCAGUUUUUAUUCACACGACCUCCAGGCAGGACGUCGGGUGCGUAGGUUCGAUCAUCGUCGCUGAUUUCUGUGACAGUUAUAAUAGAAUUCUCAAAAACCUAUCGCAGGACGCGGGGCGCGUAGGUUCAAUAAUAUUCACAGAAAAAAAAAAAAAAAAAAUCCCAUCCGUGGUAGCGAGUUUUUGUGAUUGUGAGAUUUUCUGGACGAGGUUUUCUGGCAACUUCGAUGACCGGGAUGCGAACAUGCAGCAGGCAAUGACUCACUGGAUCCCACAACACGCGCGAGGAGUCUAUUUUUGAGGCGCCUCAAAAACAUGCAGCAGGCAACGACUCACUGCAUCCCGCAGCACGCGCGAUUGGAUUGCCGCAGAACUCGACGCUCGAUUCGCGUUCGGCCAUUCAUGUCGCUCCGGACCAACUCCUUCCUCCCCCUGCUAGCAGCGGCGCUGCUGCUGCUGGUUUCGCCCUCGUCAUCGGGUGCGGAGCGAGUGAACCGGUUCAAAUCCUUCACGCGCCUCGUACUCCUGCCCCAUAGCGGCGCGAAGUGCCUCGACGGCAGUCCCCCCGCGUACUACUUCCGCCCGGGGACGGGCGCGGGGAGGCGCAAGUGGCACGUGCAUCUCCCCACGGGCGGGUGGUGCUUCUCCCCCGGCGAGUGCAUCGCCCGCGCCAAUUCCUCCCUCGGCUCCUCGCGCUUCUGGGCUAGACGGUUGCCCGCCGCCGUAGAAAACGGCGAGAGGGUGAUCAAUCCAGCCGAGGCCUAUCCAGAGCUAGGAGGGCUGCUAUCCCAAGAUAGUAUCACCAACCCCGCGUUCCACUCGUGGAACCUGGUGUGGCUCGUGUACUGCGACGGCGGCGCCUACAGCAGCAUGCGGGGGAGGGCGGACCUGGGAAAUGGCGCCACUGUGUACAUGCAGGGGCGGCAGAUUCUGGAAGAUAUUAUAUAUGAUCUGCGCACCAACAGGGGCAUGGGGGCGGCCUCCCACGUGCUCUUCUCGGGCAGCUCGGCGGGCGCGCAUGCAGUGCUGCUCAACUGCGACCGCCUCGCGGCCUCCUUCCCCCGCGCCAGCACCAAGUGCCUGGCUGACUCAGGCUUCUUCGUGGACGCCAAGGACCGCUUUGGGCAGUUCUCAUGGCGGGAGAACGUUCGGAUUGUCACCGCUCUGCACCGCAUCAACGUCCCCAAAUGCCCUUCAGGAGCGCUAGUGAGGGACAACUGGGUCUGCUUCUUCCCCGAGCACACCCUCCCUCAGGUCUCCACGCCACUCUUCCUCUUCCACUCGCUCUUCGACUGGCGCUUCCUGCUCUACGAGCAGCAGCUGCCAGACUCCGAUCUAGACCACUCCUCUAAGUGCCUCAACGACCAGAUUCUAGCUACAGACGCAAGCGUCGUCGCUCGGAAGCGCAUGUGGGAUAAGGUGCGGUGGAGGCAGAACCUGUGCUCGCGACGAGAGGUCGAUGCGGUCUUCUCUGUGGCUUCUGCUUUGUUCAGUCGUCUUGCGGAUGCGGCACGGAGCAAGAGGAACCUGGGAGUGUUUCUGGCGCCAAGGUCGGUGCACACUACGCUGUUUAAUGUGGCCUGGUUUCUAAGGGUUACACAGGGGGUGAAGCUGAGUAGUGCAUUCAGUCGAUGGUACAGUAAUAGUAGUAGAGUGAAUGGGUUUUUUGUGCAUGAUUGAGCUAUCGGAGCUUUGACCAAGCCCCAAGUGUAUUGUAUGUCAAGGCCUUUGAUAAUCUGCAUGAUAUGAAUUCACAUGAUAUGU